CUUUCUUCUUUUUUUUUUUUCCUCUGUGCAGCAGUUUCUGAUUCUCAGCUGUUUCGCUCUGUCUCAAUCGUCCCUUCUGGCUUUAUACAUAUAUAUGUAACAGUGACUAAACGAAAGCCUAAUGCUGCGUGCUGUGGCCUCUGCCCCUUGCCCCCAGUGGAACACCCACUCUUUCCUCUUUCUAUCUCUCUCUCUCUCUCUCUCUCUCUCUUCAUUAUAUUUACCUCUUUAGCCUUUUCAAAUUCCAUCCUUCCCUUCCUCCUUCCAUUCUCUCUCCUUUUCUAGCUUCUUAAACGAAUUGGGUUUCCUUUUCUCUCUUUGUUUCUACACAUUUUGAUUCUCUUUUGGCUGUGGAUGCUCGUACUUACCACUCCCAGUAUACUAUAAAGAAGAAGGCUCUGGGAAGCUAAUAAAUGAAGCACAUAUGAACUAUUGGUUUGUCCUUGAAGGCUUGAAUUUAGCAGUGAGUGGAUGGAACAAUGCUUAAAAAUUGUGGGAGAAUAUAGUAGUAGAAAGAAGAAAUUUUACUUUGAACUUACUUGUAAGGCUAUACAAUAAAUAAUAAUAAUAAUUAAAACAACUUACUUCAUGGCCACUUCCAAUGGGGGAUUUCUUCAAACUGAUUCAUCCACUUCACCACCAUCUCUUCCUCCUUGGCUUUCCAACUCCAACGGUGGCUCUUCGCUCCGACCGCCUUCCCCAUCAGUCACCUUAACAUUAUCUUCCCCCACAGUUCCAGCCUACACUCCCAUCCCCUGGUUGCAACAGCCAGACAGAAUGCCAGAAAACAUGCCUCUUGUAUUAGGCAAUUUAGCACCUCAAAUGUCAAUGCCAUCAUGUGGUGGUAGCCUCUUUGCUUCUGAGCUCGUCGAGUGCUGCCGAGAGCUCGACGAAGGCCACCGUGCUUGGGCAGCACACAAGAAGGAAACAGCAUGGAGGUUAAGAAGACAAGAGUUGCAAUUGGAGUCGGAGAAGGCGUCUCGGAUUCGACUGAAGAUGGAAGAGGUUGAAGGGAAAGUAAAAGCUCUUAGAGAAGAAGAGAAGAUUGCUUUGGAAAGGAUUGAAGCUGAGUAUAAGGAACAAUUGGCAGGGUUUAGAAAAGAUGCUGAGGCUAAAGAACAAAAGUUGGCUGAGCAAUGGGCUGCUAAGCAUAUGAGCCUUACUAAGUUUCUUGAGCAUAUGGGAUGCAGGACUAGAAUUGCUGAGUCAAGUGGGAGGUGAGAAAACCACUUGCCACAGUUUCAAGUUUUGUGAUUGCCUCUAUGAAUUUCUUCAUGGGAAAUUCUCUUUCCUUUUCAAUCUCUCUUUUCUUUAUAUUUUUACUUCCAUUUUGUAUCCAUUGACAUCUGAAAUUAUGCAUCAAUGUCAUCCUAUAUUUGCUUUGUAAUUGAUACUCUUGCAAGCAAAAUGUCAAGUAUUUAUUUUGAUUCUGCUUAA